CCGGUCGCUCUUGGCCUCCUCGCUGCCGUCGUCGCCCCGCCGCCCAAAUCGAUCCAAACGCAAGAGAAAGGAACCCUCUUUCCUUUCCUCCCUCCCGCCACCCAUGGCCUCGAGCUCGCGCGCCGCCGGCGGUGGUGGCAGCGGGGUCGAUGGGGGCGUCGGGGAUGGGCCGACGACGCUCGACGAGCUGUACCAGAUCAACGUGGUGCCGGCCGAGCUGCACUUCAAGUUCCGCAAGGAGCUCCAGGGCCUCCGCGUCGGCCUCAACUUCGAGUUCUAUAAUCUUGAGGUGAAUGAUUUUGAGGCAAAGGUAGUUCUGAAGCCCCUGGACUAUGAACGGAAGUGGAAGUUCCACUAUAAGCCCAUCAGCGGUGACAUACAGCUUCUUUCCAAGAAGAUACCAGUGACAAAGUUUCUCAAUCUACAGGUUGGCAUUGGUCACAAUUUCCAUCUGAACGCCACUGGGUGGAAGUGGAAGCUUUCUACGUGCUUGGGUGGAGAUGGUGUCUCUCAGAUAAGGAACAAAUCAACACUCAGCAUGUUCCCAGGGUUUGAUUUGAGGAUUGGCUGGAGAGCUGACUAUGUACUUCCUGAGAUUCAUGGGGCUGUUGGAACAGGAGAGCCUGCCUUCAGUAUGAACUAUGGGCGGUUGCAAGCAUCGAUAGAUCGAGUUGAGGCUAUUGUAACACAGUCAGAUCGGUACUGAUCCCUUGUGAUGGAUGUAUAUACUAGGAUGGUGAAGUUGAUACAUCCCAAAGCAAUGGAGUUCUCUCUCCCGAAUCCCAUGGCUCACUUGUGUAUUUGGAUGUGAUUUUGAGGCUGUCUCCAAUGUACAGUAAUUAGCGAAGUUUAUUUUAGGAACAGAGUGGCAUGUUUUUUAGUUUCUCGGUUUCUCCAAAGGAACCUUACACGGCUCCUCUCGUUCUGGGAAACAUGAUGAAUGGUGUUCCUGAUAAUUGUGUUUGGCCCAUGCUCUCUCAAUUUGUCAAACUCAUAUUAGCAUACGUUUCAUGCUAACUUCAUGUGACUUCACAUGAACGGACAACCUGUUUGGCUGUUUUGUAUCGGUUUUGUAAUAUAGGAUAAAGUUUGAUCCGCCACUUACACUGGAAGGACAAAUAGAAUGCUUAUACGUAUUCUUUCACGGCAUUAGACUAGAUAAGCAGGAUGUACAGACAUUUGAGAGAGCAUUUCUGUAUUCUUCAGGCGAUUUCGUUCCGGUUGAAAUAAGCAGGACGUACAGACAACAUUGCUGG